CGUUAUCAAACAGUAAUCACAACCUUUAAAUUAAUAAACACAAAAUUUCAAGUUGAAGAUACGAUGGCAUCAAAGACAGCAUUGCUAAUUUUGUUUGCUUUCUUUCUCUCCUACAUGUUGACAAGCGUUCCUGGAGCUGAAGCUCAGUUGAUAAUUCCGUGCAAGACACCUGCAGAAUGUAAAUCGGUUCGAUGUUCGAACGGAAGCGCGCAAUGUGUGAACAGACAAUGCCAAUGUCCGAGCCUCAAACUGGUUAACCCGAUGACAAUAUAUACUCAUGGGUCGUGCAAGACGAUCUUUGAUUGUGCUGCUUCUCGUCAAUGCCCGAAAAAUUUAUAUGCUUGCAUUGAAGGAAAAUGUAUUUGUUUGCAUUAGUAUGUUCGAAAUUUAUAACUUUCAACAUACCCAAUGUUUAAUAAAAGGAAAUUUUGUUUUUUAUAGUGAAAUCUGACUAGGAAUUGUGACAGC